AUUCAAGGAUUUACAGUAGUGACAUAGAAUGACAAAUAUAAAGUUCCAGCUUACCUUAAAUAAUUAUCUGAUUCUUGUAUACUAAGGAAUGUUUGACAAAAGUUAAAUUGAAGUACAUAUACCAUGUUUCUGUCUUUUAGUUUUAUCUUCAAAAUAAAAUCACUGAUUCAUUCCAUACCAAAACACAGGGCUUGGGUCAAUACAUUACAUUAAUCUCCUGUUUAUGUAUCCACUUCAUGGGAUGAAAACUACCAGUGGUUGAGAUUUAACCUGAUAUACAAUUUUUAACAAUUACUUAUCUUCAUAAAUUUAUUUUGCUGACCUACUAAGGUUUCAAUGUCUAUUUGGUAGAGGAAUGAGCUGAAACUCAUUACUGUAGUAUCAGGUGUGUACUAGAGCAUUAAGCUGAUAAUAACACUGUUUUGAAUUGUUGUUGAACUUGUCUUAUUUGAAUGUGGUUUGACAGUAGCAUGUCUCAGAUAUUUUGUAUGUUGACUAAGAGUUUCCAGCCACAUACAAUAUUUAACAGUAUGUGCUAACUGAGCAGAAAAUAAAUUUUUGGAAAUCAAAAUCUUACACCAUACAUACUAUCGCUUAGACUAUACUGUGUUUGACUGAAAAGGACUAGCUUUUUAGAAACGAAAUUCAGGGUUAGUAGGGCCAUGCAACAUUUUCAAAGAUACAAGGACAUUUAAAUCAGGGUUGUUCAUUACAAGACACUACUGAAUAGGCUUUCUUAUGUGCCUGCCAUUCCAACCCUGCACAUUUUGUCGGAGAGUGAAAGCCCCAAAUUUUUGUUGAACUUGGACAGAUUGCUGUCCUUUGUACUUCCAAUGCCUCUCGUCUGUCAUCCCAUGGUACACAAAAAACCUGUGUUCUGCAGUAAGGAAAUGGGAUAUACAUGCAAAGGGCAAAACACAAAGAAAGGCAAGAGACAGAACAAAAAAGACUGCUGGACAUGCCUGCAAUUGACGGGAAGGGACAAAGAGCAUUCCUUGGUAAGUUUAAAUGUUUAUUAUUUGUUUGAUGCUUUUUAGUGUAUAGAAAAGAGUGGUUCUAACCUGCUACUCCGCAGUUCGCACUUAAUAUAAUCAUCAAGCAACUUUUCUCUGGUUGCAUUAAGCAUGAAACUUGGAGUAGAAACUUAGAACCAUACUGUUCUAUUCUGUACAGCUCUGCCUGUACACAGAUCUGCCUAUAUGGCAUUGAGCACUUUAUGACAGACCAGUGAACAGUAAUUUUUUUAAUGUUCUUUUGAAAUGCCUUUUUGGAUUAUACAAAUAUACAGAUCAACUGCCUCUUGUAUUUCAUCCCUUUUUUGAUACAACUAAAUAUUUUAACUUUAUUAACUAUUUUUAGGUAUCAUAUGACAAUAAUAGAAGUUGGCAGAAGAUCAAGAGGUUGAUUAAGAAACCAAAAUAUUUCUGAGCUGUUGUGACACUUAUGUCAUGAAAUGUUGUCAAGUAUAAAUCAUGUGCCUGCCAUCUUAAUUUCUUAGGUUGCACUUUUUUGGAUUGAAUUCUGAUUUUUUUCACAGGGAAAUUUCAUAUGUUUCUUCACUACUGUUCGUAUUAGUUUUCAAUUUAAUCUGUGAAAAUUUUUGAUAGUGUUUUUAAAAAGAGCAUCUAUUUGCUUUUUCUUUAAAGAUGUUAUGAUAUUAAGCAGGGUUACUAAAAAUAUUGGAACCUAAAAAGUAAAGCCCCAGAAAAUUUUCAGAACUACAAGAUAAAUUUGUUAAUCACUGUAAUAUUAGAUAUCAAAAUAUCUUUAGUUAUUAAAUCAGGGGAUUUGUUGCAUUCCAAAAUUUCAACUCCUUUCGUCUGAAAUGACAUACCAAAGUAAAAGCUUCUUUCCAUAUUUGCAUAAUUAUUUCAUGCAAUAUUUCUAUUUGGUUCACAAUUUUUGUCUCAUUAAAUACGUUCACGAAAGAAAGAAUUUUUCAGACACAAUAUAAUUUACAUGAAGCCAAUUCGUGUUUUAGAUAUUGUUAAACAGUUGGUAUUGAGUGAUCUGGUUUUAAACUGAAGGACUCCAAUUCCUACUGAAAGUUCCCUUGAUACUUUUGAUAUCUGAACUUGGACGAAGAAUGACUUACCACUGGUUGUCAGUAAUGGCAUAGCAGAUAUCGAGUGAAGCAUUGCUAACUCUGUGAAGAUAAUAAACUUUUGUUGAAUGUUAGGAGCUAUUCUAUUGAAGUCAGAGUGGUUUAGAAAAAAGGAAAAACAGCGAUACCAGGGUGUGCUGUGGAUGUGAAAUAGGUUGAGAGUUGAACCCAACCUCUAGAAUGCGACGCACAAGGCUUCAGUACACAAGGCCUCCAUUUAGAGGUGGGAGAGUUGCACGAGGAGUAAGAGGUCCAAGAGGAGGAAGGGGUGGACGGGGCGGAAGAGGUGGAUAUGUCCCAUAUCUGCCAAGUCCAGAAUCAGAGAGAAGUCAUGAAAGGAGAGGCGAUGAUGAGAGAAUCAGCUAUUUUUGCGAGCUGUGUAAGCAACAGAUGUCUAGCAAAGGAGCAUACAUCACACACUGCAAUUCGGUCUUUCAUUUAGAGAAAGAAGGAAAGGAGAGCCAUCAAAUGAAAGAGCAAGAGUGGUUGUGUGACACGUGCUCCAUGUCAUUCAAGACUAAGGUGCUGUUGGACCAGCAUUGUCUUGUAAUCAAACAUCAAGCAAAGUACCGCGUUGAAGGUAUGCCAAAAGCAGAAGAAAGCAACAAAGAUGACGGGAAGGCAUUCGAUAAACGAGCCAGUGGCAAAGAUGGCUCAUCUGAGAAAAAGCAACUGUUCUCAUUUGGACCGCUGAAACCGCCGAAUUAUUGCGAUGUUUGCGAGGUUGACUGCAUGAACAACUCAAAUAUGAGGGUUCACCUUGAAAGCUGGCGGCACAGAGCAGCUGUGGAUCGAAAGAAUGAAGAGGAAGGCGAAAAAGCAAAGAAGGACGAUCCUAAGCAGGAAGAAACUACGGACGCCCUGGAGAUCUUGGAUUUCUACUGUGACAUGUGCAAUUCUCAUUCUACCAGUUUGUCAGACUAUGUUUCUCAUAUUUAUGAAAAGAGGCAUAAAAGAUUUGUCUCUGAUAUGCAGCCUCCUUUUCAUUGUUUCUUUUGUAACCUCAAACUGGGUUCUGUGAAAGACCUUAAUGAUCAUUACGAAAGCAAGGAUCAUAUCCGCAAAGCAAGCAAACCUACAGCUACUUGUACUGAACGCCAAGAAAUCAAGAACGAAAAGAUAUACAAAUGGAAAAAAAUUAACGAGGAAGGUGCCAAUAGGGAAAGAAGUCGCAGUAUUGAAAAGAAGGAUGAUCGUAGCAAAGGACGUAGUAGUGAACAUAGCAAAGAGACUGGACGAAAGAGAGACAGAAGUAAAGACCGAGGUAAGAGAGCAGGCAGAGACUAUAGUUCAGAUCGUGGAAGAAAGAAAGAGGAUAAACAGCGCGAUAGAAAACAUAGUAAAGAACGGAGCGAGGACGAUGAAGGGUGGAAGGAGAAGAGCUAUGGUAGUGAAAAGGGAAAAUCGAAAAGUUUGCAAAAGAGUAAGGAGAAAAUCAAGGAGAAAUUCAAAGAUAAAGGCAAAGAAAAAAGUAGUAAAAGUUUGAAGAAGAAGUCGAAAGAUAGUAGCAGUGAAGAUAAUGUCGAAAGGAGAAAGUCGAAAAGAAGAGGUGCAGCUAGUAGUUCAGAUGAAAGAGGAAACGGCAGUAGCGGAAUUGACUCAUCGCCAGAGCGAUCAGGGAGUAGAAAACGCAAAGCAAAGAAGUCCAAGUCUAAAGGGAAGAAGAAGAAGGGUGAAGGAUCUGGAGCGAAAAGUAAGGAAAUUGAGGCUUAUUCUGAAGAAGACAAUGACGAGGAAAGGAAGAUCGAGAUAAAGGGUGAGGCCAGUGAUGAAGAUGUGGGUGACCUGAGAGAGAAACUAAAUCGUAGUAAGAAUAUUGUGAUAACAAAGAAAGUUAAGAAUGAGAUGGAGGGAAGUACCAAGGGCAUAAAGGCAAGUUUGAAAUUGGGUGACGAAGGAGGUGAAAUUGCUUUUGAAGGGAAAAGGGACGAAGAACUUAUCCUGAGUCGUCAUAAAGCUGAUUUGGUAUUGAGGGAACAGCUCUUAAAAGAGCACACCCUUGAAAUCUUUAAAUACAAGGAUGCAGAGGAGGAGUACAGGCGCUUGUGCCUAGAAGAAGAGUAUCUGGGCAGAAGGUUAGAACUGUUUAGAGACGGGGACCCGCGAAAAGAUAACGAUAGGGCGGAUUUGACAAAAAUCCAGGAUGCUAUUAAAAGUGUACGUGAAGAACUUGAGGUAAGAGAUCUUAUGAUACAAGAAAAAGAAAGGUAUUUGAUUGUUUUGAAAAAUCGCAUUGAAGAGAGAGGCAAUAUUGUUGCUGAAGUAGAGGAGAAAGCAAAGUCUAUGAUAAAACAAGAAGAUAAUUAUGAGGACGAACCACAAGGGGAUGCCGAGAUGAAAGAGCAUAAAGGGUCUAGACAAAAGGGGGCUCCCCCUCGGGAUUUGACUACGGAACCUAAAUUUUCCGAUUCAGAUGAUGAUUUGCGAUUGAAGAUCGAAAAAGAGCGUCUCGUGAGGAAAUUGGCACCGGAGAUUGAAGGACUUGAUCCAAUGAUCCGCCAGCGAAUCAUAAAUGCGUUAACUGUUUCAGAAAAUGUUGAGCAAAGGUUGGAAACCCCGUCUGAAACUACUGAAGCUGAGGAAAGAAACUAUAUGAAAGAGACAGCGUUUCAAGAAGUUCCCGGGAGGAAGCAUCAUGUUCAAGGUCCUGCCCGUGAUCAUUUUGACCGAAAGGCUUUGGAUGUAAAGGAAAAUUUCCAGAGAAAAGAUACGCUUUCUCCAGGGCCUAGAGCAUCAGAUAUUGAGGCAAGUCACCCAUCGUUUAGAGGGGGAAAGGCUAAUGUUGCCGGCAAAAUGUUUGAGCAAGAGAGACGUUCAUCGACUGGAAAGCAUAAAUCAAGGAACGAUUCCGAUUACUCAGUGGCAGACAAGUACGAGGCUAUGGAAACCGAGGCUGGGGAAGACAUGGAACAAUUCUGGGUUCAAAAGGAGAAGGAACUGCGCAGAAAAGAAGAGGAGUUACGCAGAAGAGAGCUUGAGUUGCUGGAACGUGAGAAGAAAAGAAAAAUGGAAGGAGAGGACGUUCAGGAAGAAGGCCUUUGGUCCAAGGAAGAUCACAGAGAGGACCAAGAUUUGCCAAGCAGACAUGAGAAAUGGCAGCGUAAAAUCGACAGAGGGUCUGCUGUGCCAGGAAUGGGAAGAGACCCGGACGAUGUUGAAACUGGCCAGGCAAGAGAGGAACGUCUAAGUGAGGAAAAGGAGGGUAGGUACGAUAAGAAGGGAAAAUUGUCUUCGGUACCAGAGGUAUACAAGCGGAUAGGUGCAGGCAAAAUACCAAAGUCAGAUGUAGGACAAAAAGAAGCUAUUGAUUUUGGGAGUGAUGAAGAUGAACAGGACUUUGGCAGAAACAGUCGUGAAAGAAGAAAGGGAAUUGACAGACCAGUCCCCGCAAGGCAGCGUAAGAUGGAACGACAAGCAAUGGGGAGUGAAUCUCCUGAUUCAUCGAUAAGAAAGGACCCUUACGAAAAACGGCAGCGAAAGAUGAGUCCAGCAAAGAGGAAAUCUGCCCAGAGACAUAGAAGAUCUAGGAGUUCAAGUUCAAGUCCAGAGAGGGACAAAGAUUACGAUUUGGAUAGCAGAGAGAGGAGAAAAAGAAGAUAUUCUAAUCGUGGAGAGGGUGAUGUUCUUGCCGAAGCUUUGGAUGCAUUGGAAAAAGUUAGGCGAAUGAAUACUAAUCCAUUUGGAGCAAUGGGUUUUUCCCCAUUUGCACAAGCAGGUAGUUUAGAUAAUCACAAUCCCCAUGGACAGUGGAAUCUGCUAAACAUGGUUCCAGGUUUAGGGGUGUAUCAAGGUCUUGAAAACCAGGAAACAGUCAGUGCCCACCCUGGAAGUGCUUUGAAAGAAGUAAAACGGCUUCCCGAAAGCGAUACAGCAUCGACUAACAGUUCUAAACAGGAUAGUAAAAGACGGGAGCAAUUUGCUUUAUGGAAGACGGGUGUUCUGUCGGAAGAUGCCAAAAAUGAAGCACCUCUGGAAGCGGAGAGUAAAGAGGACAUUUGGGAUGCAGCUUUUGAGACCGGAACACAAGAGGAAGAAGACAAAGUAGCUAUUGAUAUUUUCGCUGACCUUGAAGUUGACAAUGAUUAUUUGAAAGGUAAACUGCAUCGUGUAUCUGAUACUAGCAAAAGAUAUUCCACUGAAAAAAGCCCUGCAAUUGAAAAGCAGGCGACGGAAGAGACUAAUAGUCAAUAUGAGAGGAAGACAGAAAUUCCUGGAAUUAAAACCGGAACUAUUACUCAACCUGAAGACAGUUUUGAGAAAACAUUGCAGCAACAACCACAAGGAUUGGCAGCGGGCCAGGAGCUGGGUUAUGGCUCUAAACAGGGGAAAUUUUACAAACAGUUCAUGGACAGUGGAUUAAUAGAGGAAGGCAGGAAAAAGACUCCACCUAUAGUUUCAGGAGCAAGCAAAUCUGAACCGCAAAAAGAUACUAAAACAGCACCACGUGGAAUCCUAAAGAAAGGUAUUCUCAAGAAACCGAGCGAUAAAUUCCUUUCUAAAGAUGGGCAACCGGGAAAAGAUACCAAGUUGCCUGGAGAUGAUGCUGAUGGUGGAACAAGCAGGACUGAAGAAAAACAAGUUGGCAAACAGCCUGAUCCGACACCGGAAGUUGUGCAACAGAAAACCGGAACUCCGGAUGUUAUUUCUCCGGAAGACUUGGAAAGAGUACGGAUGGUUAUUGAUGGUCUGAAGAAGCAAUAUGGUCCGGGGUGGGACAGCUCAAAAAUCGAAGCCGAUUUGAAAUUAAUGUUAGAACGACAGACUCCCACUGCUCCUGGUGUAGACAGUGUAAAGUCUUCCAUCAAUCAAAGUAGCGAUGCAGGCAGUUUAGAGAGACAAAUGCAUUCGAACGAGGCAACAAAGGAAGCACAAGUUAAAAUAGGCCCUAGAGCUGAUAAAAGAUCCACGUUGUUUCCAAUCAAGGUCCCAGAUAAAGAUGUAGGCCAGUCAACUAGCAAAGCUGUUCCUAAUAUUCCCAUGUCUAGGUUUGAGGAAGGGAGAGGUAUUCCAAGCAAGCAGCCUUUGAAGCAUUCCUUUCUUGGGGAGCAAGAGCAUUUCAGAUCGUCUCCUGCACCCCCGGCUCAGCGGCAAAGAAUGCCAGAGAAUCCCAAUGCAGUAGGAAGGAGACUGUCGCCUGAAAUUGCUAGACAGAAAAUACCACUAUCCCAAGGUAUCGAACAGGACGCUGAACACAUCUACUAUGAGCAAGAACCCUCUUCAAAACCUCGAAGUGCACUGAGGCCAAGCAAAGAAAAAACACAGCUACACGACUAUAGAGAAAGCAGCAAUGUUAUAGAAUCUGAGACAAAUUUCAAUCGGCAGGGACGUACUGAGCCACCUAAAAUGCACCCUAGACGAGACUUUAGCAGCGGUGCAUAUCCGGUUCCUGGUUCUGAAUUGCUACAGAGAAGGGGAGCUGAUCGAAUGCUGCAUGGUGUGCAUCAUCAAAGAGCGGCAUUGAUUGAAGAAGCGAACAGAAUGCCCCCUGAGAGCUCAGGUGAGAGCAAUGUCAUACCACAACAAAGAGUAGGCCAAAGGCACCCACCGGAAACCCGCCAGAUUCCAUCCAGACCAGCUGUACCGUCAUUUGACGAUAGAAAGCAUAUUGCAAGACAGCAUAUAGGAGAAGAGAUUGAGGAGAGAAACCAGAUUCCAGGCCUCGAAGGCACUUGGGAGCAUAAUGUUGAGGCGGAUAACGAGAAGCAGGGCAGGGCUUCUGGACCAUGGCAAGAUCAAAGCAGUACCCAAGAACAGUUUGACAGGCAGCCACGCUACCAAACUCCUAGGCGUUACCGACAUGAAGACCAUCAGGAGCAUUUUGAAAGUGAAAGCUGGGCGGGCAGCUCUGAAUAUAGUCAUGUUUCAGCUGAAAUGUCAAUAGCAUCUUUCCAAGACACUGAUCAGAAGCAAAUAUACAAAGAGGAAGGCAGUAGACCCAUGUACAAUAAGCACCCAAUGGAGAGGUCCUGGCCGACUGAAACUGGAAAUGUUCCAAGCAGGCCUCUGGAUAGACCAGGGUCUCAAAAGCCUGCUCAGAGGCUACCCGAGACAUCACCAUCUGUCGGGGCCCAAGAGCAUCGUCAGGCACCAAAUGCAGGAAGAGAUCCUGGAGGGCUUUUCCAAGCUAUAGUUAGGGUCAGGCCAGAGGAUAUCUCAAAAGGAAUGUACUUUUGUGGUGUAUGUAAGAUCUUUAUUGCCAGCGAGACCGAACGGACUAUGCAUGCUCUUACAGAGGAUCACAAGGAAGCCUUAGAAGCCAGAAACAGUCGCAUGGCAUUGCAGAAACGAGCAGCUCCUCCGCAGAGGUCACAAGGUCUGCUGUCUUCUCAAGCACCACAGUCAGGACCACGUGACAUGAAUCAGUUUCGGCCUCGAGCGCCUCGACCUUUGGGAGGCAGGGGGCAGCCCAUGCCAGCGUAUGGUACCCAGGGCAGGUACCCAAGGCCCAGAGGAGGAAUGCCUCCGAGAUACAGUGGACCACUCUGAGGUACUCAAGGCUCCCCAAGAAUUAAAAACAGAGAAGAACUCUUGAUUAUUCUGUCAAUAUUAGCAACAAUAUUAUUUGUGUUCGUACCUUCUGUAGAAUUUUGACCCCAAUUUGUCUUAUGGAUGCUAUCUAGAAACGUUUUUAAUAAUAAACAAUACGAAAAUAUUGAGAACGCAGUGCCAUCGUUGGCUCUCUUGGUGUUAGGUAAAACUAGAAAUUUCAAUACUGUUGUUGUAUUGAUCAUGGACAGUGUAAAGAACAAAUAGAAUUCUUUAUUUGAAUUCUUUAUCAGUUUUUUGGUUUUAUAGCUUUGCUAGUAGGUAUGGAUAUUCAUAUUCAAAACAAAAUUCUUGUUCUUGUAGC